AUGAUGGAUACGGGCAUCAAUGUGGACGAUCUCUUUGGCGAGUCCAACUCCCUGGAAUUGGGCUUGCCAGCCGCCUCUCCUACCAAAGGACUCGCACAAUGCCUGGAUGAGAUGCGCCUAUUAGGCUGUUGCCACAAGAUUGCCUGGUCCCGGAUGGGUUGCAUUGCGUCGAUCUCUCAGGAUGGACUCAGGGUCAAUAUCCGCCAUCUUCAGUGCAGUUCUUCAGAUGGAAAAUGGGAACUAGGCAAAGAAACACCCCUCACUACAGUAGUAGAGACCCAUCAUGGGAACCAACUGGCUCAUUUAUCAUGGAAUGAAACCGGGUCAGAACUGGCCGUUGUGGACUGCUCUGGUCGCAUAUCCAUCUAUUCUAUCUCCAUUGCUUUGAACAGCCUCUCGAUUCUGCGUCAGGCGUCUUUCGAAUCUGGUGAUGAUGGCGGCCAGGUCGUUGGUUUGAUGUGGUUGAAUUCCCAACGUUUUAUACAUGCAUUUCACCAAGCGGCGAAGGUGAAUGGGAGAUGGGCCUACACUCCUUUCCGCAGACGCCCAAUUGGGCCCUUCCACCCAGCCAACAAAGGCGCCUUGAUCUGUGUGACUAGAGCCGGCCAGAUCAAGCUCAUAUAUCAGAACCCUAAUAGCACAUGGGCCGAGCUUCCUGCCGAAUUGAAAAACACAGGGUACUCGGACAGGCUAUUAACACAUGCCUCCAUGGUCGCCACACAAGCUGGGAUCCUUCUCGCCACAUACUCCGCGUGUCAGAAGAUGUGUCUGUACAGAGUACAUAUUACCUGGAAUCCACCGCAGUGGGAACCCACUCAGGGGAAACAGCAGCCUCCACCCGUUCCCAGUUUCCGCUUGAUCCACUGCAAGGUGGAUAUGCCAGGCAAUAUACUGAAUGUGAACCGCGGCCCAGAUCAUGCGGAUCAAUCUAUCCCAUUCAUGAACUCUGUGUACUCAUUGACACGGCUGGAGAUCAUGCCGGGACAGGUUGAUAGUCCCCAAGGAUCCACUGCCAAUCCGUGGAUUCUUGCUGUUUUCUCGAAACCUCUCCAUGCCAUACCAGAUUAUCAAGAGCAGCAAGGUCCGCCAACUGUGAUGCUCAGGUGGCAUUUGGAAUCUGCACCGCAGACACUUCAUCCCAAGUUUGAUGAGGUGACAUCGAAGAAGAGCAAUGCCCAGGCGAAGCCCAAAUUGGAGUUGCGCCGGCUGGAUGAUAUCCAUUGUGAUAAAUACGUUGUCUCGGUCGAUUUGAUCGAACAUGGAACAGUCUUAGCCGUUACCCACGAUGACAAUUCAAUAACAUGCUAUGACACGAGGACGAUGGCAAUGUUCAAUGGGAUGGAUGACUCGAACACUGUAACAUGUCUGGCCCAGGCGGGAUUUCAGUAUCCAAUAGAAACAUCUGGUCUCAACAUCGCUUUCUCGCCUAACUCUUGCGUUGCCGUUACGCUGGAUAGUGACGGACAGAUGCAACUGAGAGUGAUGGGGCAUUCAUUCGGAUCAACCGAGGGACUCUAUGACGACACCAAAUUCUCCGCCGCCGUUGCUGCUUUGACGGUAGCAUUCUGCCGUGGCUGUGGAAGUGAAUGCAACACUGACGACGUUCUCAUGGUUGCUCUCCGGCAGCUGACACCAGAGGCUCAAACCACAUUCAUCAGCGAGGUGUAUCGUGCACUGCCGGUCAAUUGCAACUUCACUGCUGAUCAAGAGAAGCUCAUGAGCCACCCGUACAUCCCUCGUUGUCUCAGUUUGCAGGCUGCGCUGGGCUAUAAAGGAAGACUCAAGCGCCGCAGCCUUGCAUCCUCCGUGCCCUGGGCGAUUCUUCAACUGCGGCACUCCUCGGUUCUAUUUGCUUAUUUCUUCCAGUAUAACAAAGGUGUACAACCCGAGACACAUGAUCCAGAUGUUCUACGAUUGGUCUUGGGUAACACAAAAUGGACACUGGAUUUCUCCCACUGGCUCCUAAACGAAGUCUUCGACAUGGCAGACGAUUUCGAAAGCGUCUUCAACGACCAAGAAGCAUUCACCCAGAAAUUGAAAUCAACCAACUCCCUUCCCCUCCUAAUCCUUCUCUCAAGCAUGUCAAGAGCCUUCCUCCGCUUCAUCUGCCGCGGCCUCCGAGGCGUGCAGGCAGGCUUCGCAAGCGCAAACCCAGCCUCCCUCUUUGGCGACAGCCGAAUAUACUACACAGAAAUAUGCCAAGCCCUCGAAACCUCACCAGUCCGGAUAGACGUCUACGAGAAAUUCCUUGCGGGAGUGGACUCGGCCGUGAAACACGCCUACCAAGGAGCAGGCUUCGGCGACGCUGAAAGACCAGGUCCAGAAAAAGAACUGCUCGUCAACGCGCGCAUCCCACCGGUCCUAAUAUCAGCCGUGGCAACGUUGCUGCGGCAGACGGUGCCGGCGCUGAAAACGGAGAUCAAUCGCAUGGCGAUUUAUCUAGUGUCCUUUGAGGCCGCCUCUCUUGCUGGGCUGUGA